AUGGCGUCCAAAUACUGGCAGGUGAACGAGACACAUGUGACAGAGGCGCAGUCGUACUUGUUGUUGCUGUUGGGGUCCACUUUGUUUGUGAACAAGAGUAGAGACAGGGUUCGGCCGGUGGUGAACCUAUUUUUGGACGAGUUGGAGGAGAUAGAUCAGUACAGUUGGGCGUCAGGUACACUUGCUUGGUUGUAUAGAUACCUUGGUCAGGCGUCUCGUGCUGGUGCUAGGGGGUGGCUGGUUGUCUCACACUUCUGCAAUGUUGGAUCUACGAGUACUUUCAGGGUUUCAGACCAUCUCACUUUGAGCCACCUGUCGUUGGACCUGAUGAGGCUUGGGCUUCACGAUGGAUUGGACAGCCGGCACCUGGUUCUGUGGCUGAUCCCUGUGUGA